GUUAUCUUUUUUGAACGCCUGUUUUAGGAUGUCGGUGUUUUGUUAUUUAUUUGAUCAACGUUCUGUGCAGUCAGAGUGAGAAGGAAAGGAUAAUAUUUCUAAAUAAGUCGAAGGAACUUGCUAAUGAACAUAUUUCAUGCUGAGAGUGAGCCAUCGGUACGGUGCGCGUAAGGUCCAUAAUGGCUCAGCAACCUGUGGGACGAGUAGUGACUGCGUGGCUUCGGAAUCUGAGAAAACGGGAAUCUCUGGUUGCGCUUGCACUUACGGUCUCGUGCAUGACGGUUCUCCGCAUGGUGAGCGACGUCCCCGACGAGAGGACAGAAGGACAGACAGCGCCUGAGGAAGAGUACCUGACUGAUACGGCUUUUAUGAAGGCACUGGAGGAACUGGAUCACCGCAUCAGCACAGUGAGGAGCCCUUGCAGUCGAAUGGCGCAGCUGGGUGGCAAAGUGAUGUGCUACUGCGAUACUUGGCACUGCUCCAAUGACGGUGCCAAGUUACUGUGCCUGGAUGACGACGUACGACCCUUCCCCCAGCACUGCUUCGCGCUCAACGUCGGCAUUGGCUUUGACCUUUCAUUCGACGAGGCUAUGGUGCAGUACGGGUGUCGAGUGGCAGCCCUCGACCCGACCAACCCCAACAUCACCAACAUGAUGCACCAGAAGAACCUCCACGCGCUCGGCAUAGGCCUCGACAGCACGGACUACAUCCUCACCCUCGACAUGACCUACGACAGCAAGAACUACGUCAAAGCCACCGCGUCGUAUAUGACUUACAAGUCGAUUCUGAACACCCUCGACCACCCGCGCGUCGACCUCUUGAAGAUCGACAUCGAAGGUUACGAAUGGCGGGUUUUAAAACAGAUCCUCAACGCCCCCGACGCGACAGAACUCCUGAAGGACGUCCGGCAGAUCCUGCUGGAGAUCCACCUCGACUUCCUCCUGAAGCCGGACGACGUAUCGGACAAGUACGAGAGCAUCUUAGACACCCUGCAGGUCCUGAGGCAGCUCGAAGACUUCGGCUUCGUCCUCGCCGCCUACGACCUCAACGAGACGAGACAGCAGUACUUCACGUUCAACGGGUACCAGAUAGCGGUCUUCCGGGAACUGACGCUGCUCAGGAGGCCGUCGGUGAGGCGCCUGGAUUCACGUCGUUAAAAGCUGCA